CUGCAAGAGCCCUAAACACAGUGCAUCUGCCUGCAGCCUGCCCGCACGCUGCCUGCAGCCUGCCCGCAUCCAGCACCUCGCUCCUCAGCCAUGCUGCUGCUCCCACUGCUCCUGGAGGUCACCCUGCUGCGGCUGGUCCGCAGCUCUCUCCACCCCUUCUACAACGGCUUCUACUACAACAACAUCAUGAAUGACAAAGGCAACGGGCAGGAGAAAGUAGAUUACUUCAGUGGGGCCAGACUGGUGGUGGAGACUCCCAAAGACCCCAUCUACAGCUCCAACGGUGCCAACGUCACCCUGCCUUGCCACUACCACUAUGAGCCCGACCUGGAAGCCAAGCGCAAGAUCCGCAUCAAGUGGUCCAAGCUGCGAGAUGACUAUACCAAGGAGCAGGACGUGCUGGUGGCCAUCGGCAAGACCUACAUGUCCUUCGGGGACUUCCGUGGCCGUGCUCACCUGCUGCAGGCUGAGCGGCGCCCGGCCUCGCUGCUCGUCAGCGACGUGCGCUUGCAGGACGACGGCAAAUACCGCUGCGAGGUCAUCGACGGGCUAGAGGACGAGAGCGACGUGGUGGAGCUCCGCCUGCAGGGCAUCGUGUUCCCCUACCAGCCUCCCCACGGGCAGUACAGGCUCAACUUCCACGAAGCCGAGAGAGUGUGCCAGGAUCAGGGUGCCAUCCUCGCCACCUUCCACCAGCUCUUCCAGGCCUGGAGCGAGGGGCUGGACUGGUGCAACGCAGGUUGGCUGGCCGACGGCACCGUGCACUACCCCAUCCGCCUGCCGCGCAAGCCCUGCGGAGGGCUGGAUCUCGCCCCGGGCAUCCGCAGCUACGGCCCCCGCCACCGGCAUCUGCACCGCUUUGAUGCCUUCUGCUUUUCCUCUGCGCUCAAAGGAGAGGUUUUCUACCUGGAGCGCCCGGCCGGGAUGACGCUGGAGGAGGCCAAGCAGAGCUGCCAGGACGCAGGGGCUGAGAUUGCCCGGGUGGGGCACCUCUACUCCGCCUGGAAGUUCCAGGGGCUGGACCGCUGCGACGCUGGCUGGCUGGCAGAUGGCAGUGUCCGCUACCCCAUCACCAAGCCCCGGGCCAACUGUGGCCCCGCAGAGCCUGGUGUCCGCAGCUUUGGCUUCCCCAACAAGGGCAGGUUCGGGGUCUUCUGCUACAAGGAGAGAUAAUGAGCCAGGAGAGCAGCUUCUUGGCCAGAGGAUGUUUGAAGCCUGACAGUGCCUGGUGUCGGUGUUUCCCAGGGCUGCUCGGGGGUGACUGGGGGGAGAUGGGUUGGGGUAAGGCUUCUUUUUGUUUUGUUUUGUUUCCUUCCUUUGUUUUUUCGGUCACACCUUGCUCAGCAGUUGGCACACACAGCUGCUCAGGGCGGCUGCCAGUUGGGGCAGUGUGGGACCAUCCCAGUCAUGGGCUGUAUGCAAGGACGAUCCCCAUGCUCUGCUGCCGCCCUUCGUGGCCCCUGUCACCCCGUGAGUGGGGGCCUCUUCCCACAGCGGCAGCACGUUACAGGCACCCAUCUGCUCUUACAGCUCACAGGGUGCAAGUGAAGUGAGGCUUGAAUUGGGCCAGAGGCAGGGCAGAGAUUAGUGCCUUUUGUUGCAUCCUGGCUUCUCUUGCAGCCCUGUCUCCAUCCCGCUGGUAGAUGCCAUUGUGCCUGUCCCAGUGGGAGCACCAGUGCCUUAUCUCCCUGUGCUCCUUGCCUGGACACCACUUGAACUCUAGUGCCAUCUUCUCCAGACAUUUGGUCAUGAAAAGAUGUAUUUUCCUGGGGCUCUUCUAAUAAACCAGUGGAGAAAGCCCUGGA